AUGACAGCCAACACUUUGCUUCUCUUUGGGGACCAGACAGGGGAGGUCCUACCUUCAAUACAAUCUCUCUCCAGAAAUGCUUCAUCAAAUCAGACCUUGGCAACGUUUCUGAGGAAGGCCACAGAUAGACUCAGAAGUGCAGUACUUCAAGCCCCUGCUCACUAUCGACGCUCCUUUCCAAAUUUCACCUCUCUCUCCGAGCUCGCCGCCGCCGUGUCGAAACAAGAUCACGCAUCCCCUGCCUUAUAUGCCGCACUUCUGUGUAUCGCGCAAAUUGGCGAUGUCAUCGUAUAUCUCGAAAACAACCCAGGGCUCCUAGAGGCUUCUAAAGACAGGCUUGCCAUUGUCGGGUUAUGUACUGGCCUUCUCCCCGCCGCGGUUGUCUCGUGCUCCAGAAACCUCACCGAAGUGAUUGCACUUGCAGAUGAAACUGUUCAUCUUGCUUUCCAAGUCGGUCUUGCGGCAUCAAAAAGGUCCCACGAGGUAGAUCCAUCCACUGGCAGCUGGGCUACUCUGGUCUCCCAGGUCGAUAUUUCUGUCGCUAGGGAAGCCAUUGGCAUCUUCAACCGCAACUCGAUGCCCAGACACCAGGUAUACAUCAGUGCUGAGAGCCAAAACUCAGUGACAAUUAGCGGCCCGCCUUCCGCUACCGAAGCUUUCUUCAGCUCCACCUCAAUCUUCGGAAAAUGCAAACGAAUUCCACUUCCCAUUGCAGCGGCCUUUCACGCCGAUAAUCUUCAGCCCAUUCAGCCCACUGUGCUUCUCCAGAAUAUGAACCCUUCUCUACACUCGAAACCUGUACAACAUCCCUUUCUUCUGUCUCCUCAUUCAGGCUUACCUUAUCAAGUGUCAUCAUUCGGUAAUGUUUUGGUGGAGGUUAUGGGUGACAUCUUCCGGCAUCCUAUAUUGUUCGACGCAUGUACUCAAGGGCUUGCCAAAAUUCUCUCAUCCCAACCGAACCUUCUGGUCUUUGGACCAGUGAGCUGUGAAAAGGCAAUUCAGCAAGCUCUGCAUGGCCAUGGUAUCAAAUUGGAGACUCCCAGUACUGCAACGACGCUGAACAACACUUCAUUGAUACCCAACGCCAUAGCCAUCAUCGGCAUGUCAGUCCGGCUUCCAGGAAGUGAGACCCUAGAAGAUUUCUGGCAAGUGCUUGAGGACGGCCGCAAUCUCUACGAAAAGAUUCGUCCUGAUCGUUUCGACAUCAACACCCAUGUUGAUCCUUCUGGCAAGGCCAAGAACACUAGCUUGACACCAUAUGGUGUGUUCAUCGAUCGACCUGGAUACUUCGAUACGAGACUGUUCAAUAUGUCUCCCCGUGAGGCUGCUCAAACAGACCCUCAGCAACGACUUCUCCUUCUGACCACGUACGAGGCUCUCGAGAUGGCUGGGUACACCCCCAAUGCAACGCCGUCUACCAAUACCAAAAGGAUCGGCUCCUUCAUGGGCCAAACAGGUGACGACUAUCGUGAGGUAAACGCGAGUCAGAACGUCGACACGUACUUCAUCACUGGCAACAUUCGCGCCUUCGGUCCAGGUAGACUGAACUAUCAUUUCGGUUGGGAAGGGCCGAGCUAUUCCGUUGACACAGCGUGUUCAUCCAGCGCAGCUAGUAUCCAAUUGGCCUGCUCUGCGCUGCUGAGUAGCGAGGUGGACAUGGCUGUGGGUGGUGGUGCUAACCUGCUCACUGCAUCCGGUUUGUUUGCUGGGCUAAGUCGGGGGAGCUUCUUGUCAAAGACUGGAGGUUGCAAAACCUUUGAUCAUGAUGCGGACGGCUAUGUUCGCGCAGACGCAGUAGGUGUCGUCGUUCUGAAGAGGUUGGACGACGCAUUGGCCGACAGAGACAACAUCCUCGCGGUCCUUCGGGCAACAGCAACCAACCACUCCGCUGAAGCAUCCUCCAUCACUCAUCCUCACGCCGAGACACAAGAGCGACUGUUCGAUUCAGUCCUAAGCAAAGCCGGCAUCAACCCUAUCGAGAUCGAUUACGCAGAGCUCCACGGCACUGGUACCCAAGCAGGUGAUGCAACCGAGAGCCGAUCUGUGACCAAUGUUCUUUCCCGUAACCGCCCGGCCGACAAACCCCUGUUCAUCGGCACAGUUAAGCCCAAUCUCGGCCACGGUGAGGCCGCCAGCGGUGUCACCUCUCUCAUCAAAGCCAUCUUGAUGUUGAGUAAGAACAUGAUUCCGCCCCAUAUUGGAAUAAAAGGCCGGAUCAACGAGAAGCUACCACCGCUGGCUGACAUGAACACCCGGAUAUCAUUCGGUAAAACUCCAUUCCGGCCCCGUCCUGGCGGUGAUGGAAAGAGAAAGAUCCUCAUCAACAACUUCGACGCUGCCGGCGGAAAUACCAGCAUGGUCAUCGAAGAUCCUCCCAUGUUACCAAAAGAGGGUGUGGAUCCCCGCAAUCAUCAUGCCAUUGCCGUGUCUGGCAAGACGCCAAACUCCAUCAUGGGGAACAGCAAGCGUCUUCUUGAGCACUUAGACCAAAAUCCUGACGCUCGCCUAGAGGACAUUGCCUACACCACCACGGCACGCCGGAUGCAUCAUAAUCUGCGCAAGGCCCAUGUUGCUUCUUCGAUCAAGACUCUUCGGGACAGUCUGCAGCAAGCCAUCACAAGAGAGACGUGGACAAAGGUCCCGGCCGCGCCUCCUCAAGUCGUGUUCCUCUUCACUGGCCAGGGUUCUGCGUAUAGCGGCAUGGCAUCAAACUUGUUCAAGACCAGCGCACCGUUCCGCGAGCUUCUUCAAGGCAAUGACGAUAUAUGCGUCUCUCAUGGCUUCAGAUCUUUCCUGCCCCUUGUAGAGGACAAGAACUUCGAUAUGACGAUGGCCUCGCCGGUUCAGGUGCAGUUGGCAAUUGUGUCCAUAGAGCUAGCCAUGGCAGAAUAUUGGAAAUCUCUUGGGGUAAUGCCGGCUGCCGUUGUUGGUCACAGCCUUGGGGAGUAUCCUGCACUGUGCGUCGCUGGUGUCCUCUCUCUCAGCGACUGCCUGUAUCUUGUUGGGAAAAGGGCAGAUUUAAUGGUAUCCAAUUGCUCGCCUGGUACGCACUCGAUGCUGGCUGUUCAAGCAGACCAAGGUGACACGGAAGCACUUCUGAAGAGUGUCGAUGACGAUUCCGGUAUCGAGAUUGCAUGUCGAAAUGGGCCUACGUCAAUCGUCGUCAGUGGAGGAUUGGAUCAGAUACGGGAGUUGCAGGAGAAGGCUCUUACCAGGGGCCUGAAGACAACAGUGCUCGAGGUACAGUAUGCUUUCCACUCUUCUCAAAUGGAUGCCAUUCUGGAAGACUUCUCGUCGGUUGCAAGUCGAGUCAAUUUCGCAGCACCAACCAUCCCUGUUGCGUCGACAGUUCUGGGAUCGAUCGUCGAAGGUGCAGGAAUCAUCAGUGCCGAAUAUCUGCUCCGGGGUACUCGUGGCCCUGUGCAGUUCAUGGACGCGGUCGAAGCGGUUAAAAGUCUGCAAAACUCCCCAAAUCAGCAAACAGUUUGGAUUGAGACUGGGCCAAGCCCGGUUUGUGUCGGAAUGGUGAGGUCCAUGGCCAUGGAAGCAGCUGCUGAUCAGCUCCUUCCCUCAAUGAAGAAGGGCGAGGACGACUGGAAGAUGCUGACCACAUCAGUGGCCAAAGCUUUCUCUGCGGGGCUCAACAUCGAUUGGCGUGAAUUCCAUCGACCCUAUGAGUUGUCUCUGCGUCUAGCUGCGUUACCUCAUUACGCUUUCGAUCUCAAGAACUACUGGAUUCAAUAUGAGGGUGAUUGGGCUCUGCGUAAAGGCGACGCAGAUGGCCUCCCUAGGUCUCCUGCGGCAGAAGACCGCCUCACAAAAUUCCCGUCAACUACCCUCCAUCGUAUCGAGUCCGAGGUCCGUGACAAGGCUGGUAUCUCCGUCAUUUUCGCAUCAGAUGCUUCCGAGCCGAAGUUGAACACCGCUCUCCGCGGUCAUCUCGUCAAUGGCGCAGGGCUCUGCCCUAGUUCUAUCUACGCAGACAUGGCAUUCACUGCUGCAUCGUAUAUCCUGGGCGACGCAGGGCUCAAUAUGUCCUUGGAUGUCCGGGACAUGCAAGUCGACAAACCGCUUGUUAUUCAACCAGGGGAUACGAAUCAAAUUAUUCGAGUGUUUGCAACGAAAAAGAUUGGUUCCGACCAAAUCGAAGUAACAUUUGCCUCUCAGGAUGGAAGCAGAAACGAACACCACGCCACGUGUAGUGUUGUAUGCGGACGAGGAGAAUGUUGGCAACACGACUGGUCCAAGACGGCAUAUCUAAUCAAGGCACGCAUCGAAAGUCUAAAAGAGUCCUCCAACAAAGGCCAAACGCACAGAAUUCUCCGGUCAAUGGUGUACAAGUUGUUUGCAGCAUUGGUGGAUUACGACACUCGAUACCAGGGGUUGCAAGAGGUCUUCUUGGACAGCAACCUGUUUGAAGCAGCGGCCAAUGUGAAAUUCAACACCUCUGACAGUGAUGGCACAUUCAACCAUAGUCCAUACUGGAUCGAUGGUUUCUCCCAUCUUUCAGGCUUUGUGCUUAAUGGCGGAGAGAGGACCCCUGCCGAUGUUGUUUACAUUUCCCAUGGUUGGGAUAGUAUGAAGAUUGUUGGUCAGUUGUCUGCUGGUAAAGAGUAUCAGAGCUAUGUCCGCAUGCAAGAUACAAGCAGACGCGGAGUAAUGGAGGGCGAUGUGUAUCUCUUUGAAGGCGAUGUGGUGGUGGCUGUUUGUCAGGGUCUGCGAUUUCAGCGCAUCCAACGCUCGAUUCUCGACCACCUCCUCCCACCGCCAAACAAGCCCUCCACCCUUUCGCAACCCAUGCCGAGCCUCGCUGCCAAGAGGCAAUCUUUGAACUCGCACAUUCCGACGAUCAAGGUUGAGUUGGUGGACGAUGAUAUCGUGUCUUCGGAUUUUGACCAGGUCCUUCAAUUGGUAGCUUCCGAGGUCGGUGUUGACGUUGAAGACCUGGCAGACGACACAGUAUUUGCAGAUCUGGGCGUUGAUAGUUUGCUGUCCAUCACUAUCACCGCCAAGCUUGGUCAACUAUGGGGCCAAGCCAUACCGGCGGGUCUUUUCACCGAGAUUCUGACUGUUGCAGAACUGCGCCGGUAUCACCUUGAAAACAUUGAUAAUUCUGACGACGACGACCGUGCCUCGAGCUAUGGCGGAAGCACUUGUGGAAAUGACAUUUUCAGCCAGCCUCAGAGUCAGGCAUACACUCCGUUUACCAACACAGGGCUUUCCAUCGGCACUCCAGUAGAAGAUCGAGCUGGAGCUAUCAGAAAGAUCAUUGCCGCUGAGUUGGGAAUGAGCAUCGAGGAAAUCGACAAUGACGUACCUUUGGCGGACCUUGGUGUUGACAGUCUACUAUCUUUGUCGAUCAUGGCUGCUAUCAAAGCACAGACAGGUCAGAUAUUCCCAUCCAGCUUUUUGAUGGAAUAUCCAAGUUUAGCAGCAAUCGAGGCUGCUCUCGGCCCUCGCCGAACACUGCCAGCCCAACAGCUGUUCAAAGCCCUGGAAAAGGUGCAAAACAACAAGAGCAUUCCACAGUCUGAAGCUGUCUUGCUGCAGGGAUCGUCAUCUUCACGAGAACCUGCCCUAUUUCUGCUCCCUGAUGGCUCUGGGAGUGCCAGCAGCUAUGUUGGACUGCCAAACCUGAAACUAUCUGGCCCUGUGUGGGGACUUGACAGCCCAUUUCUUAACAAUCCUGAGGCAUUCACCAUUCCGCUGGAAGAACUGGCUUCCUCAUUUGCUGCAGAGAUUCGAAACAAACAGGCUCACGGACCGUACCGACUGGCCGGGUGGUCCAUUGGAGGAACCUACGCAUAUGAGGUUGCACUACAAUUGUUAAGCCAUGGAGAGGUGGUUGAGUCUCUGACACUCAUUGAUGCACCAUGUCCGGCUUCCCUCCCGCCACUGCCUAUCGAAACGAUCUCAUUACUCGACAAAAUUGGAGCGUUUGACAGUUUCAAGAACAAGAAGAAGGCGGGCAAGACAUACAUGAGGGAAACUGUCCAUGCUCACUUUGCUGGAUCGGUUAAAGCACUGGAAAGAUACAAGCCUGCUGCAAUGCAAAAUAGUUCAACUCCACUGAUUAAGUCUGUCACAGUGGUGUGGGCACGAGAUGGCGUUUGGGACACGGUUGGGCCGGAAGUCAAAGCAAGGCAUAUUAAGGCACUGGGCAAAAAGAAUGCUGCAAGAGACUGGAUGUUGGACACAAAAUCAGACUUUGGGCCGAACGGGUGGGAGAUAUUGCUCCCUGGUGCUGAGAUUCAGUGCAAAGUAGUUGAGGGCGACCAUUUCACCAUCAUGAGAGACUCAGGGGUGUUGAAGCUUGGCGAGGUACUUCAAGGUACCAUCAUCGGGCCAGCUCGAAGUUGA